UUCGCCAUUUCCCAUGUUGGGAGAAUCAAAAUGCAAAAUGCUGAAGAAAUCAUCUCUUACUAAUUUCUAUCAAUUUGUUAGCUCCCUCUUGAAUUUGGCCUCUCUCCAUUUUUUUCCUCUCAGGUUUGUUUCUGCCGCACGAAUCGCUGAAGAAAUCUUCUGAUACUGAUCUCUACAGCUUCGGGACGGCGAAAUCAAAGCAGUAAGGAGUGUAGUUCUUGAAAUUGGAAUCUAUUCGUAGCUGCAUUAAAGGAAGUUGGAUGAAGUGCGAUUAUAUUUGAAUUCAAGAUAGUCGACAAAUUAUCGUUAUACAUAUUCCAUAAUCUGUAGUUUAUCCUUUAAUCGAUCUUAUUUGAAGAUCCUGUUCUGUUGAAGUUAUUUGUAAAUUUUAUUUUUAUUUUCCUUUUCCCUAAAUUUGGAAUUCGUUUGAUUGGAUUUGAAAUCCGACGAUGUACUAUCCGCACCCGCCGCCGAUGCUGGUGAACUGCUCCAGUUGCCGGACUCCUCUCCAGCUCCCGCCGGGAGCUUCGUCGAUUCGCUGCGCUAUAUGCAGGGCGGUGACGCAGGUCAUGGACCCACGCUCCGUCCCUCCACCGUCGUCUUAUCAAGCGCCUCCGCCGGCACCGUCGCCUUAUAACCACGCGCCGCCGGGACCUCCCGCCCAUCCGCAUGGCCGUAAAAGGGCUGUGAUCUGUGGGAUCUCUUAUAGGCACUCGAGACAUGAGCUCAAGGGUUGCCUCAACGACGCUAAGUGUAUGCGUUAUCUUUUGAUCAAUAAAUUCCGUUUUCCAGAAGAUUCUAUCCUCAUGCUUACAGAAGAAGAAACUGACCCCUACAGAAUUCCCUACAAAAACAACAUUAGAAUGGCAUUGUAUUGGCUAGUACAAGGUUGUCAACCAGGUGACUCCUUGGUUUUCCAUUAUUCUGGUCACGGAUCUCGCCAAAGGAACUAUAAUGGCGAUGAAGUUGAUGGAUAUGAUGAAACACUUUGCCCUUUGGACUUUGAAACUCAGGGAAUGAUCAUUGAUGAUGAAAUUAAUACGGCAAUUGUUAGACCUCUUCCUCAAGGUGUAAAGCUUCAUGCAUUCAUAGAUGCUUGCCAUAGUGGAACCGUACUAGAUUUGUCAUUUCUAUGCCGAAUGAGCAGGAGUGGACAAUACAAAUGGGAGGACCAUCGCCCGCGAUCUGGAGUAUGGAAAGGAACGAGUGGUGGAGAAGUUAUUUCUUUCAGUGGCUGUGAUGAUAACCAGACCUCUGCUGAUACAUCUGCUCUGUCAAAGAUAACAUCAACAGGUGCCAUGACUUUCUGCUUCAUCCAAGCGAUCGAGCUCGGACAUGGAGCUACGUAUGGGAGCAUACUGAACUCGAUGCGAAAUGCUAUAAAAAAUGCAGGAGUUGGUGGCGACAUUGGUGGCGGUAUCGUGACGUCGCUGGUCACCAUGCUUUUGACUGGUGGGAGCGCCAUAGGUGGUCUCGGACAGGAGCCACAAUUAACCGCGUGUCAACCGUUCGAUGUUUAUACGAAACCUUUCUUUCUGUAAUUUCCUUUUCCUUGAUUGACUUACAAGAUGAUGGUUGAAGAUUACAUUUGGAGGAGGACUAUGUCGGCCUAUUUUCUCUAUUUGAUAUAUGGUCGUUAGAAAUUUAUGGCAUGGAAAAUAAGGCAAUUCAAUCGAUCA